UCUCCACUUGACGUUGCCUAACACUGAAGCCGAGAGUUCUCCGUCUCUGUCCGUGCGCAGUUCUCUUUUGCGCUUCAUUCGUGCUCUGCCCGUCGGACGUGUCCGUACGAUUUUCGAUUAAGUUCUCUCUCCCUCUGUGGCGUAUGUGUGUUUGUACGAAUUAGCGGCUGAAAACCAAAAACCGAGGUGCGAGAGCGAGAAUACAUAUAUAAAAAACGCGUGCGUUUCUCCUCUAACACAUACAGUGAGUGUGGUGACCGUUGUAUUUGUGACCUGUGCCUGUGUUGCGGCCACUGGAGGAUCAACGAUUUUAAAAGAAUACUAAAAGUACCGGCACAUCAAUAUAAAAGUAUUAUAACGACGCAACAAAUUCAAUUUUAAGCAUUUUAACUGAAAUACAAGGGAUAUACAUCAUGACUGAAGUUGAGCAACCGCCACAGAAUGGCAUAGAUCCCACUGCCGGCGAAGAUGAUGACAACAGCAAAGCACGUCCCGCGGAUAUUGAACAGGAUAUGCGCGAAAUGGAGCGUCGCAAGCGAGUCGAGGCUAUAAUGGGCUCGAAGCUGUUCCGCGAGGAGCUCGAGCGUAUCGUGGACUCGGCGCGGGAUGGAGGAGCUGGCGCUAGUGGAAUCCUGCAGCAGCUGUCGGACAUUGUGGGCGUACCAGUGUCCAGGGUGGGCAACGUCUUCAAGAGCAGCAACUGCAUGGUGCCCAUCAACGAUAUACGCGGCGUCGAGUCCAUGGGCUAUGCCAAGGGCGAGAAGAUACUCCGGUGCAAGCUGGCCGCCACAUUCCGUCUGCUCGAUCUGUACGGCUGGACCCAGGGUCUAGGGGCUCAGAUCACCGCCCGACUUAAGGUCGAUCAGGAGUACUUCCUGGUUAAUCCAUACGGCCUGCUUUACCACGAGAUCACUGCCUCAGCGCUGAACAAAGUGGACAUGCAAGGACAGAUUGUCGAGCAGGGCACCACCAACUUUGGCGGCAACAAGAGUCACUUUGUCCUCCAUUCGGUGGUACAUGCUGCCCGUCCAGACAUUCGAUGCGCCAUCUAUAUCGGUUGCAGUCCAGUCGUGGCUAUUUCCUCACUAAAGUCGGGUCUGUUGCCUUUGACCAAGGAUGCCUGUGUGCUGGGCGAGAUCACCACUCACGCUUAUACUGGCCUGUUUGACGAGGAGGAGCGCAAUCGAUUGGUUCGCAGCCUUGGUCCCAACUCCAAGGUUAUUCUGUUAACUAAUCACGGUGCUUUGUGCUGCGGAGAGACCAUCGAGGAAGCCUUUUUCGCCGCCUGUCACAUUGUGCAGGCGUGCGAGACCCAACUAAAGCUGUUGCCCGUCGGUUUGGAUAACUUGGUGCUGAUUCCAGAGGAGUCGCGCAAGGCCAUUUACGAGCAGUCACGCCGUCCGCCGGAGGAUCUGGAGAAGAAGUUUGCCGCCGUCGCCGCUGGCGAAGAUGGUGCUGCUUCUGCUGAAAAGGAGGCAGCUGAAGCCGUACCCAAGGUGGGCAGUCCGCCCAAGUGGCGUGUGGGUGGUGCUGAAUUCGAGGCCUUGAUGCGUAUGCUGGAUAAUGCUGGCUAUCGCACUGGCUAUAUCUACCGCCAUCCACUGAUCAAAUCGGAUCCUCCCAAGCCUAAGAACGACGUCGAACUACCGCCAGCUGUUUCAUCACUGGGCUAUCUUCUUGAGGAGGAGGAGCUCUUCCGUCAAGGGAUCUGGAAGAAAGGAGAUAUUCGCAAAGGCGGCGACCGCAGCCGGUGGCUCAACUCGCCGAACGUUUACCAAAAGGUCGAGGUUCUGGAGACCGGCACUCCGGAUCCCAAGAAGAUUACAAAGUGGGUGGCUGAAGGUUCCCCCACCCACUCAACGCCAGUGAGGAUAGAAGAUCCACUCCAGUUUGUGCCUGCAGGAACCAAUCCAAGGGAAUUUAAGCGUGUCCAGCAACUAAUUAAGGACAACCGCCGGGCAGAUAAGAUUUCCGCCGGACCACAGUCGCAUAUUCUGGAGGGCGUGACAUGGGACGAGGCGAGCCGGCUCAAGGAUGCAACGGUCUCGCAGGCCGGCGACCAUGUUGUCAUGAUGGGUGCCGCUUCCAAGGGAAUCAUCCAGCGUGGCUUCCAGCACAAUGCCACUGUGUACAAGGCUCCGUAUGCUAAGAACCCAUUCGACAACGUCACAGACGAUGAACUCAAUGAAUACAAACGCACGGUGGAGCGCAAAAAGAAAUCGGUGCAUGGCGAAUAUACCGACACAGACUUUUCGGAAUCCGAAGCGGUACUGCAGGCGGGGACAAAGAAAUACCCACAAAGCGAACCCGAGACCGAGCACCAGGUCAUUGAGAUCCAAACACAACAAGCGCCAGUGCCAAGGCAGGCGGAAGUUGUGCUGAGCGAUGGCGAAAAUAAGAAUAAUGAGUAUCAGAUAUGUGUAGACGACAAGGAGAACCAAUUAUAUGAGCGAAACUUACCCGGUAAUAGCAAGUGCCGACGUGACUUGUUUGCAACCAAGGGCGCGGAUCCUAUACCAUCACCGGAUCAUCUGUAUACCUAUGUCUAUGCGACAGCUGGCUCUUUGAGUCACUGCGCCCAACCAGAGGUGUGCUCCGCUUUGCUGCGGGCUCUACAUAGCGAGCAGUUGGGCUACCUGGCCAGUUGCUAUCGCGGAGGAGCUGGACACUCGAAUGCCACCACCGCCAGUACAUGCACUAUAACUAGCGCCACGGGUUCCUCCACCGCAUCACGCAGACCUUUGCAACAUGUGAAUAUUAUGUAUCCACAGCCGUAUCGCACGGGUUCCCAUUUUGGAUUCAAUUCACCACGCCAGCAUCCGCACACUGAGCAUAAGCAUGUGCCCAAGGAGCGAGACCAUCAUGCCUUGGGCUACCGACCCAUGCAGCGAGGGAUCAGCUACGAGGAGAUCUUCGCCACGCCUCGCUAUGAACAAUUGUGCCAGGCGUGUUUCGACAAACUACUGCGCCUCAAGCCCGAGCUGCAAAGGAUUGGCACUGCCACAGCUGCUAGUAGUUGUGCGGAGGAGCUUACAAGUGCCGGGAGCACGCCCAUGCAACGACGCCAAAUGCCGACUUUAUCCGAGGCAUACGAUUAUGUUGGUCAAAUGGCAAAGUUGCCUCCACCUCCGAGGGUCCAAUGUAAUGCGUACACACAGACAAAUAGCUCUUCCCCUUCCUCUUCCAUCAAAAAUUUCCUUAGUCAAAUCGAAAAGUUUAACUUUUCGGAAGAAUCGACUAACAUUAAUUAUACUCCACGUCCCAUUAACAGCGAAACCAGCCUUUUGGGACUGGUUGUGGAACAGGCAUGCUCCAGCGCUGGAGCGAGUGCAACAAGUGCUCCUCCUCGAAGAAUUUACCGUGCAGAGCACGUGGACAUUACAGAAGUGUGGAGCUUUGGUCGUUGGCUGGAGCCCCAGGACAAUAUGAUAACGGGUAAUGCAGAUGAGUUUACCCAACAGCCGCUGACCGAGCAUUGCAUCACAUCGGAGUUUCAUCAACAUUUUUCGACUGCUGACAAUCAGGUCGAACGCCAAUUGAUGAGCCGCGAAGAGCGCCAGCGUCGAAAGUCUGAGUUUGAGGAGCUUUGGCAAGAUCAUGUCUUUGGGGCCAAAGAACAAAGAACCUAUGAAAAUGUACCUCUCGAUGGGCGGGAAGUCGUGACUCUUAGUGUUAAUGAUGGCGAAUACGAGUAUAAAGGCGAUAUUUUAGGCGAAGUCUAUGAUGAAAGAGAUUCGACUGGUGACAAUCAAAUCGACCGCAAAUUGAUGAGCCGCGAAGAGCGCCAUCGUCGCAAAUCGGAGUUCGAAGAGCUGUGCCAAGAUCAUGAAAUUCGAGCCAAAGAACAUAUGCAGACCUAUGAAAACAUAUCUCUCGAUGGGCAGGAAGUCGUUACUCUUAGUACUGAUGAUUGGUUACACCAGGAUAUAGGCGAGAUUGUAGACGGAGUUAAUGAUGAAAGAAUGACUGAGCCAAGUGAUGAGUUACCAAAAAUUCUGCAAAAGUUCGAGGAAAGUCUUACAUUAGCUGGCGAAAACCUAGGAAAACUGGUGGAGAGUACCAAAAAACUACAAGGAAUUCGCACUGAAACAUCACCCGUUUCUUCCAGUAGUUCACCAGUCGAAAUAGGCAAUCUCUUACGAUCGAUAAGUUUUGUGAGCAUUACUUCAGCCGAUGACACUGUGUCCGUACAGGAACCACUUUUCGAUUUGUCUAUAAGCCCAAGUAUCGCCAUAUGCAGCGAAGAAGAUGACGGACUAAACCAUAGUUUGGCACAGGAGGAAAAGCGAGACGACGAAAAGCCUGUUACUCCCAUUUCCACGGAGCCAGAUGAGCCCUCAGAUAAGGAAAAGGAUCGUGUCGACGACAAAGACAUGGACGAAAAUGAUCUUCACGUGGAAGCUGAGUUCCGAGAGGCUCCUGGCGAAACAAUUAAAGUAACCGUCAACCACAAUAACGUUGUGAAAGACUCAGAUGAAAAUGAUCAUUUGGUUGAGACUGAGAUCAGAGAGUUCAAAGAAGUUCGCUCCUUAGAAGCAGACAACCAGUUUUUCACACCUCUAGAACGCGAGAUUCUUCAGCGGAUCGAGAAAGAAAAACUAGACGAAUCGGAGCCUAUAUUUGGGAAGAUUGAUCAUAGUAUUCGCAAUAAGUUGACACCAAAGAAGCUGCAAGAAUUGGUCACCGAAGAGAUAUUUCGCACACAUACGCACAUAUACACCAAUCCAAGGACACCGAUAUCGAAAAAUGCACCACAUGACACCACAUUGACUCCCAGUGGCUCAUCGCUGUCCGCUCAUAAUAUCAGUGCUCCCUGCAGUUUGAUGGCGCAUACUCAUCUUGUUACCCGUCCAACACCCAGAAUGUCGCGAUCCUGGUCAGAGGAUCAGCAAAGUGUGGAGGACGAACAAAAGAAGAACGGGGAGGAACAACCGAAAUAUAUAGAUAAAAACACUCCCCUAGAUCGAGUCAUCUCAUCCACAACAUUUGUGUGCAGAAGCCGUCCGAACAGAAAGCGCAACUUUAUUCAGGAGAACAUUCGCAAUGCCAGCAGACCACGAAUUGCAUCCGGUGCGAUUAGAAAGCAUAACAGCAACACAGUCACUUCCCCUAGAGCCAAAUCAAGUCCAUCCUCAGUGUGUGCUUUUCAAUGUGGCCAGCGAGAUAGCGGAGCCCGCCUAUGGGUUGCCUUGCCAACGCUUCCACGUGCUCGGGCUGUGUACGCCGUUCGCGGUAAUCCACCAUCGCCCUUCGCCAAACGUCGCAAACCCUUGGUUAUCCUUCCACCUAUGCGUAGCAAUAUAGCCAAGCAUCGCGAGCUAAACUCAUCUAAUGAAUUUCUGCACAGGACUCAUUCCAGUAGCACGUUCUUUGUGCCCGAUGAAGAAGAUCGUGAAAAUUCGGAUAACAUUUCAACAAGUACCUUUCAAAUGGAUGAAGCUGAGAAAGAAUCUCCUGUAACUCAGGGUAACAGGAAUGCGACUAACAAUUCUGUGUACUAUAGCGCCAACGAUACCACGCGAGAGGAGGGAGAAUCUUCACAGAGCGACACCGAAAGACGUCAUUUGCCCGAGAUUUAUAAUAGUUCUUCCGAUAAUUCUCUAGAAGUUGUCUUGGAAACUAGCCGUAAAACGGAUGGUCAUGUUAACGACCUACAACCGAGUACAACCGUUUUGGAAAGUCCAGAAAUCUGUAGUCAACUCAAAGAAGACGGAUCAUCGCUGGAACUUACACGCUUAGCAGGUGGAUCAGAUGCGCCUCAAAUUCCUUUGGAUACAACACAAAAAGAAAAUAGUGUGCUGCAGGAUACGGAUGAUAAUGACGACCAACCCUCGACAUCGAAAGUGGCAAUGGAAAAACUUCGCAUAUUCGGUGAUGCGGGGGAACCGAAAGAGAAUCCUUAUUUUGGGGACGAGGAUGUGGUGACGCUGGACACGGUUUGCAUUGUACGUGGUCUGGAGAUGUUUGUGCGCGAGGUGGAGCCCAUAAAGCAUGAGACUUCAGAGGAAUUAUCAGAGUUUGGGGGACUUUUUGAAAAUGGGUUAACUGAUGAAGGUGGUGAGGAGGCCACGUCCCAGUAAAAGUGAAGGCAGAAGUUGAGGAAGAGUUUACUAAAAAUAAUAAGAAAUGAAACGGAAAACAUACUUUAUUUUAAAACAUU